AUGGCGUUCUUUCUCACCAUCAUGCUGGCUUUCCUGUCAAUCACCAGUGCAGCAUCCUUGUCUGCCAAUUAUCCUAUAAACGCGCAAUUACCACCAGUUGCCCGAGUUUCACAGCCUUUCCAAUUUGAAUUCGCCCAAAGUACUUUCUCUAAUAGUGAUGGGAAAACUAAAUACUCGCUAUUAAAUGCACCAUCAUGGCUCGAAGUGGACAGCAGCAGUCUUACACUGUCCGGAACGCCACAUUCAGGCGACAGUGGCGCCAUCGAUUUCAAGCUUGUGGCAUCGAAUGGGUCGGAAAAAGACAGCAUGGACGUUACUUUAAUCGUGACGGCAGACCAGGGACCGACGGUGAACAAGCCGCUUGUACCUCAACUACAGAAAUUCGGACCGGUCUCAUACCCUGCCAGGCUCUUCAUCCAUCCCGGUCGUCCGUUUUCAAUUGAGUUCGACCAGGAUACCUUCGAUAACACGCAUCCUUCCACGAUCUACUACGGAACCUCGCCGCACAACGCUCCCCUGCCUUCCUGGAUCAACUUCGACCCGGCAGCCCUAAAGUUUGUUGGAAAUAGCCCUGCUUUUCCAGGCGCUGGGCCUCAAACAUUUACUUUCCAGCUGAUCGCAUCAGAUGUAGCUGGGUUCAGUGCGGCCAACUUGACCUUUGAACUCUCGAUCGGUCCCCAUAUACUGACAUUCAACGAGACUGUCCAGACCUUCAACCUUACGAGAGGAGAAGAGUUCAAUAGCCCCAAAUUCACUAGCUUUCUGUCUAUGGAUGGUUCGCCAACUACUAUCAAGGAGCUGGCAAACGUCGAUGCUGAAUUACCGGACUGGUUGAAGUUGGAUAAGGACAAUAUCGCGUUGAGUGGGACACCACCCAAGGAUGCCGUGAACCAGAAUAUCACUAUUGCCGUUACAGACUCUUUCCAGGAUCAAGCGCACCUGAUGAUUCGCUUGGAGUUCUUGAAGCUGUUCCUUGACACCGUCGAUGGCUGUGAGGCAGCCAUUGGCCAAGACUUCAAGUUCGUGUUCAACCAGUCUAUCGUCACUGAUGACUCUGUGCAAUUGGAGGUCAACUUGGGCAGCAACCUCACAUGGCUUACCUACUUCUCGGACAACAAGACUCUUUAUGGACACGUUCCGGACGACAUGGAUCCCCGGAAGUUCACCAUUCCUCUUACUGCACACCAAGAAUCAACCGAAGACACAAUGGAUUUCAUUAUCGAUGUUCUCAAAGCCUCGGACACACAUUCGAACCCCACCGAUCCGUUCACCAAUUCUGGCAGCUCCAACCACAAGAAGGCUGGCAUCAUCGCCAUCUCAAUCGUGAUUCCAUUUGUGGUAAUUCUGAGUUUGUUGAUUGUAUUCUGCUGCUGGCGUAGCCGCAAGAACUCGCCCACGAUCGAAGAUGGCUCAUCCGACAGCAAGCUUGCUCCACCACGACCUGUUAGACCAGAUGUUCCUAUUUGCCAGCCAUCUGUGGCAGAAAGACCUUCUCGCGAUGAGGAUUCCGAAGAUUGGAUGAGUCCUAUCACCCCAUCAUCGAUUCCCAAACUCGAACUUGGCCCCGUAUGGGAUGUGUCAUCAUUUGAUAAACGGGAACACCCAGUUAGCUUUACUAUCCCUGAGCCCAUUGUUCCCCCUCGCUCCCCUGCUCGCAAAUCUCCUACUCGUGGUGGCUUUGUCCCAUUGCGAGACUCUAUCAUCCAAGAAGAUAACACCGUUCAAACCGUCUCUCCCUCCAGGAAGCAAAACAACCGCCUCUCAUACUCGAACAGCCCCGUGCGUCGUAAGACCACCACUCGGUCCCGACGAGAGCCAUUGAAGCCGAUCCAGCCGCGAGCCAUGAAGCGAGAAUCUAUGCAAUCAUCCAAGUCCAAGAGAUACUCAAAGCGCUCGAGCGGUAUCUCCUGCAUUGCUUCUGGACUGCCCGUACGAUUCAGCGGAGCCGGCCAUGGCGCUGGCGGCUUCGGGCCUCCCGGCCACGGCGUUGUGCAGACAUCAUGGCAAAACGCGCGAGCCUCAAUGAUGAGCGACGAGACCAGCAUAGCAAACAUGGCGCCAAUGUUCUCGCGUCCGCCAGGAGCACGCAUGCGCCACAGCAUGGCAUCCAGCAUCCCGGACAACUACAAGCGCAUGACCCUGCGUACCGUCGAGCCCGAGGGAUCCAUCCUCUCCGAAGCCGAUUCCCUGGAAGCCUUUGUCCAUAGCCGAGCCAAGCACCGCAACUCCUCCAACCCUCUCUUCUCCGCACAAAUCAGCCGACGAGCUUCCUCCGGAUUGCGCGCGCUUGAUCGAAACUGCGGCGACCGUAGCCGCGCCGACACCGUCUCGGAGUCAACCUUCAGCGACGAAUUUCGCCAAUCUAUCCGAGAACGGCCCGUGUCGACUGCGAUCUCGGCCUCGGAAUACGGUGAUGAAAACAACAACCGCUUCUCCCAUUAUCAAAACACCCACCAGGCCGGUCUGUUCCCUCUUGCGGAGGGCAGCGUAUAUGGACAGAGCCAGCUAAGCCUUGCACAAGACUACCGCGGUGUCAUCUCUCCGCUGCCACGGUACUGGAGCGAGAAUAGUAUGGGCAGUGGUCGGCAGUUGGAGGGCCAGAGUCAGGGCAACUCUCAGCCUCAGAAAGUGAAUGAUGAAAACGCUAUGCCGCACAGCUCGUCUAUGAUCUCGGAUCUGGAUGAGCAUCUGUCACGCAAGGUCAGCUCUAAUAAGAGCCCCGAUCAUCCCUGGUGGUUGUCGUCGCCUCUUCAGGCCCCGCAGCCGGUGAAGAGUCCUGGUAACGGUAAUCGGGGUCUUCCUAUAGCUAGUAGUGGAGAGUUGGCAUUUGUUUGA